AAGGGAAAAAGGUUGAGAAGCAUCGGGAUCGCGCUCAUCUGUUUGACUGGCAAAAGCCUCCGGUGUAAAAGGCCAGUCAUCAUUAUGGGGGAGCCGGGACCCCGAGACGGGGUGGACCCUGACCGACCGACCGCAGCGCGCAGCUCCUCCAGGCGCUUUAUACCCGGAUAAUACCAGCCUGCGUGUCCGAUCGUACACAGACAGUGCGCCGCAGAAGAGGCGGUGGUUGCUGGGAUUCAAGCCAGAGUCGCGACUGGUGUGUGAACCAGCAGAGAGGGACGUGAGGAAACUGGGAGGAGUAGCUCUGAAUUUGGAGGAUGAUGGAUGGAUGGUCGAUAACGAGCCGGCCCGGCCAGCCCAGCCCAGUCAGAGCAGGGUGGGUUCAUCCGGAGUGAAAUCCGUCGGCUCUUAUCCGUUGGCUUUUCCUCCGCCGGGUGGCGAUGUCCGCUUCCUGCCUCGACCUGCAGACGUCUGCCGCGGGUUCAGCACCACUGGAGCUGGACAGCGACUGCAUGGAGCCCCGGCCCGGCGCCGCUCAGGAUUCCGGCGGCUUCCAGGGUCACCCGCUGCGGCACGCCGGCUCCGGAGGCCUCGGUAUGGCCUUGGAGGAGGAACUUGCCAUGCUCACCGGGGAGCGGGACGACGAGGAGGAGCUGCCGGACCUAGAGAUGCCUGUCGUGGGGCACAACGCAGACCUUCUGUCGCUCUUCCGCCAGAAGGAGAAAGACUUGGUUUUAGCUGCUAAACUCGGCAAAGCACUGCUGGAGAGAAACCAAGACUUGAGCAAGCAAUAUGAGAAAAUGCACAAAGAUCUCAACGAGAAAUUAGAGCACUUGGAGCAGGAGAAGCACGAGUUACGUCGGCGUCUGGAGAGUCGAGAGGGGGAGUGGGAGGGUCGCGUGGCCGAGCUGGAGACGGACGUCCAGCAGCUGCAGUGCGAGCUGGAGCUCCACCAGGUCCAGCUGAGGGAGGCUGACAGGGACAAGACCAAGGCCAUCAGUGAGCUCUCUGAACAGAACCACAGACUGCUGGAGCAACUCAGUAGGGCUGCAGAGGUGGAGAAGCAGCUGUCCACUCAGGUCCAUUCAUUACGUGGCGACUUCAGGGAGAAGAGCAUGUCUACGAGACAACACAUGACAGGACUGGAGACUCUACAGGCUGAGCAAGGGCUAGAAAUUAAGAUGCUGUCCGAGAGGAAGAUGGAGCUGGAGCGCAGGGUGCACAUCAUGCUGGAGGAGAACGAGCUGCUGCAGAGCACAGUGGACGACUUCAGAGAGAGGACGCUGGUGUUGGAGAAGCAGUGUCAGGAGAAGGACCUACAGUUGCGGCAGAGCCAGCUGGAGCUCCAGGAGGUUCAGGUGUCCCACAGGCAGCUGACCUCUCGGCUGGAGGAGCUGUCAGAGGAGCACAGCCUCCACAGCCUCACCCCACACCCAUCCAGUCUGCUGUGUGAGAUAGAACAGAGCAUGGAGCAGGAGGAGCAGGAGCAGGAGAGGGAGCAGUUGCGUCUCCAGCUGUGGGAGGCCUACUGCGAGGUCCGCUCACUCUGCUCCCAUCUCCGGGGAAACGACAUCACCGACUCGGCGCUGUCCACCGAUUCUUCCAUGGACGAUUACUCGGAGACGUCCUCUGCCAAGGAUGUGCCUACUGGCAGCCUCCACACCGGCCUUCUGGAGCUGCGGAGGCUGACACAGAACCUGCUGGAUGGCAACGAGUCCACGGGCUCGCGGCGCAGCGAUGAGGAGGCUCUGGAGGAGCAGGUGAGGAAGCUGGGAGAAGAGCUGAGGGAGGUCAGAGAGCUGCACGAGGCGGAGCAGGACAAAACACGCAGCAGCCAAGGGGAGCUGCUGCAGCUGCACAAUCAGAUGGCGCUUCUCUCUGUAGAGAUGUGCUCUCUCAGUGAGGACAACCAGCGGAUGAGGGUGAUGGCUGAAAUACGAGAACCCAGCGAGCAGCUCCAGAGUGCUAUCAGAGACAGAGACGACGCCAUAGCCAAAAAGAAAGCGGUGGAGAUGGAGCUGGCCAAAUGUAAAAUAGACAUCAUGUCUCUGAAUAGCCAACUCCUGGACGCCAUCCAGCAGAAGCUCAACCUGUCGCAGCAGCUGGAGGCCUGGCAGGAUGAUAUGCACAGAGUGAUUGACCAGCAGCUGAUGGACAAGCACCAGGACGAGUGGCGCUCGGCCCCAUCCUCCCUGCCUCGGGCCCACGGCGGUCAGUCCUCCAGACGGGCUAACCGCAUUUCAGACGAGGACAAGAGACUUUUCUCUUUUUUCAAAAAGAACUGAGAACCUGUUGGACUGUCCCUGGGCGCAGCAGAAAGACAGAGAGGGACGACGGCGAGGGAAGAGGAGGGAGAGACAUCAUAGAGCAGGGGUAACGACACAGCCAAAGACGGGCCGUGGCACACGUUGAGGUUUGGGAGGGGGGUCAUUUUGCACUUUAUCUGUCCCAUUACUCUUCUCCUGACUGAUUAACUGGCGACUGCUGACAGUGAGAGAUGGAAAUAUGAGAUCAGGACUUCCCCAGAGGCUUUGGCUUAAGCCCCUCUCGUAGAAAGAAAUCAGUCCCAACAGGACGUGAACAGGGUCACAAAGUUUACCUCCAAACAGGAAGGUUUCCUUGUAGUGCCUAUGACCAUCUCUACUAGCCCACUGCCAACUCUGUAGAGAGGGGAACACAUGUACUCACUCUCAUCGUAUGCAUCCCAGUAAUCAGGCCAAGGUGUCUGGGGGAAGACGGGUGGAUUCCUGGGACAGUGUGGGUUUAUGGGAAAAGAUGGGGACGACGAUCAGAGCGGUGAAGCUGCAGCCAAUCAACCCAAUCGCUCAGGUUUAUUCAUUUGUCCAGGGAAUGAUCAGAACAUGAAGCAACAGCUUUACAUAUCAGGACCAUCGCAUAGUGUAUAUUUGAUAAGACAUAAAUGACAUUAUUUUCUUCAAAGACAGCCAUGCACAGAGUUUUACCAUGUUUCAAUGUCCCAGACCCAAACUUUAAAGAUAAAGAAAGACUUUAAAGGGACACUACAGAAAUGUACUUCUACAAAGAGAUAUUUAAACUGCACUAAACAAUAUUUUUAUAUCAGCAAGAGAUCAAAUAGCUAUGUAUAAUGUAAAUGUGAAAGGGGCCACCGAAUUUUUUUUAUCCAUACAUCAUCUUUACCCCUUAACCUUUGUGGGCAGUGGGGAGACUGGAGCCAGUCACUGGUGAACUGGGGCGAGAGGUGGGGGUACAUCCUGGACAGGCCCUCAGUGUAAUGCAGAGCUGACUCAGGGCUAUUUAUUUAAUUUGUUUACAGCUACAUGUUUUCACCACUCUCUUUAACCCAGGUUUCAUUAGGCAGCUCCAAUUAACCCACUGUAUGUUCGAUUCCCAGCUCUAAACAGAAGUGAGCGACCCGCUGGUGAACAGAGUGAAGUGUUUGAUGGAGCUCCAAAACUAAACUAGAGGGAGAGUUAGUAUUGAUUUUAAAACUUGUUGGGCGGCUCAGAAACACGACUCCAACUUAUUGCUUCCGCCGCCUGCUGAGAUGUGUGAACAACUGUUUGUUUAACAACUUUAAAAGUUGAAAUUUGUCUAUGCUGUGUUUACGGCUAGUUCAAUUAGACAAUAAAAAAAUCACUGCAGCUUUUAAAUCAGCACCAGAGGCUGAGAUAUCCUCUAUAUUAGUCCUCAAUAUCAGGUUCUAUGGGAAACAUCAGAUCCUACAUAUCCCAUAAUGCAACCAAUAAUGCACCUCAUGUUACGAAAACCCAAUUUUGUCAUCAAAAGCCUAUCACCAUUGUCAAGUUUCAUGUAUAAUUCAAGUAAAACACAAUCUAGUGUGAGCAGGGAAACAGGAUCCUUGAACUAAGUGAAUGUACGAAAACCAGCACUUUUAUUUGAAUCCGUCGCACACGAGGCCUUCAUGUUCAUCUCUGACAUCUGAAUAAACCUGCGGGGGGGGCUCAGCUGGUACGUUCUUCUACAGUUCACAUCGGAUCGAAUUCACAUUUAAACAUUAAUGCUUUUUCAAAGAAAAGUCUGGCAUUGUCCUCAUGAUGUCAAUCAUCUUCCUAGUUGACCAAAUUUUUUAAAAUGUUUACACAUCAGCUUGAGAUGGAGGCAGAACUACAGCUCAUGAAUUCUCAAUCAAGUCGAUCAAUCGGGCUCAACAAUAACCUGUCGAACUUCAUGUCAGUGAACAGAAACUUCCUCUGCAUUGCUCAACGUCUGAGCUGCGUUGGUCCACCUCAGAUAGAGAAGCUCUACCUCCAUUCUCAUUGCUUCAAUACUUCAUGAGCACUUUGGUUUCUUAGCUGCCGGGCUUCCGUUUUACGUGACAUAUCUGUUCCUCCAUUGGUUAAACAUCUAUGUUUUGACCUGAGAUCUCUAUCGAGCGUGAGCGACUCACAGCGUGGCACAGUGUCUGUCUGCGUCUGGACUCGUGUCUGAUGCAGCUGUGCAAACCUAUGCAGAUGUCUUCUCUUCAUUUCAGCUGGUUGUUGGAAGGAUCAACCCAAAGAAUGAUUUUUUUUAUAAUAAGUCGAAUAGGUUUGGAUGAAAUCGAUAUAUUUAUAAAAAAAAUGCGUACAUUUUGAAUGAAAUUCUUUUUUUAGAGAGAAAUAUACCUGUACAUUGUUGUUUGUAAAGGCUCCUUAUUCAUGUGUGUUCCAACAGUGAGCAGGGGUUCCACUGGUGAUCACUCAUACAUGUGUUUAUGUGUGUGUGUGUGUGUGUGUGUGUGUGUGUGUGGCAUGCAGCUGAAGUGGUGGGAGAUAUUCAUGAGUCCUUAUGUGAGAAGACUCAUCAGUGUCGUUUUUUUUAAUUCCAACAGAACCUAGGAAUCCAGAUCCACAUGACAGCCUCUGGUGCCACUUUUAAAUAAGCCAACUCUAUAAACAGUUUUUAAGUUGUAAAUAAUGGUUUUAUUAAUAGUUUAUACAUAUGGAUUAAUGAGAAAAAUCUGAUGGAUUGGAAAAAUGAGUUAUUCAGAAAGUAAAUUAACUAAACGUCAGGUUAAGGAAUUUGGCUGCAGCCUUGUAUUCAACAUACAGACAUGAGAGUUUCUAUGUCAGAAAGUAAACACACUCCCCAAAAUAUCUAACCAUUCCUUUAUUAGUAAAUGUGAAUAAAUCAUAGACAAUGGCAAAAAAAGUCAUUGUAAACGCUAAUAUUUUAUUAACUAAGGGUUAUUAAAAUAGGCUAGAUUAGCAAUUUGGCAUCUGUAAAAGAAAUUGUCUAAGGCUUUGCUGUCAUUUAACAACAGGUCAAAAUUAGGUCAAAUAUUUCACUGGAUGAGUCUUGCUGAUGAAUUAAAAAGCUAAAAAGUCAAACUGGGUAUCCAGAGGAAGUUAAACUGAAACCCUGAAGAUAUUUCAGAACUUAAAAAGACAAAUUUUCUUCAUAUUAUUAUCCAACCAUCCAUCAUCUAUACCACUUAUCCUCUUAAGGCUGUGGGGGGAGCACAACAACAUAACAAGAUUCUAAAAUACCUAAAAAAUAUCAUAAACUUCUUUUUAGCUCUAAUUACAGAAGGACUAAGGAUUAGUGAAGGAUUUAUUAAACAUUAAUAAAACCAUUAACUCUGUAGGAAGUCUGCCUUAUUAGAACGUUUUUUCACUGCUCCUGUCUGAAUGGAUGUGAUCAGAAAUUUGAAAGAAAGAUAGAAACAUGAUUUUUCCCUCAUAGGUCGGAACAUGUUUCUGAAAAGUGUGAAAAUGGGUCGAAUAAGAAAGUGUGUGUGUGUUUGUAGUUUGAGACUUCUGAUAGUUCCUCUUCCCCAGAGAAAGAGCCGCCUCUUCCUCCUGCAAGCUCGGAUCAAACACCAGCCGCUGCUGCCACCACCACCACACUGUAAUUAGUCUCUUUUCAUUUCACGUUUUUUGUUAGAAAAACAACACACUGUAAACAUGUUUGGUUUUUGUCCACAUUACGUCCUAACUGCUGUUUCUGUUCCUUGUUUGUUUGAGACUGUUGCUGGGACACUGUAGACCGUACCAACAGCAUUUUAAAACGUCUGCUACAACAUCGUGAUGCUGCCACUGAGGGUGGAGUGUGUGUGUGUGUGUGUGUCGCAGCAUAGACACACAAAAUCAAUGACACACACUGAGUGUGUACACUUUCUGUUGCUUGUCUCCACUCAGUCGGAUGUUAUUUUGGAAUGUUAGUGCUUCGGCUGGGCUCAUUGUGCUCUGUGUGAGCGCUUUCAUUCACCUCUGACUAACGGCACUGUUUCAGUUACAGAAUGCUUCAAACUAUUCAAAAUAUUUACCAUGCAAUUUUCUGAGCAUUUUUUUCUACAAAUAAACACUUUACAAUCUA